AUGUUAGAUCUAAAACCCGAAGCCGACAACGUGGAGUAUAGCGAGAGAGGGACUAUUGAACAGCACCACAGACGUCAUCAUCAAGCUGUUGUGGUGCAAGGCAAUGAAGAUGAGCCGGGGAGUGUUUAUCAACUGAGUUGGAAGACUAUAAUAGCUUUUAUCUCUCUCUCGAUGGCGAAUUCUUGUGCUGCUCUAGCCAAUACCGCCAACACCGUCAUAAAAUUUCAGGUCGCCUCUGUUGCUAAAAGUCCAGCGGAUGCAGCUCUCUCGUCAUGGAUUGCCAACGGAAGUUUCCUCGUCGUUCUCGCUCUUGGUCCGAUUUUUGGUAGUCUGAGUGACAGAGUAGGAAAGAAAUGGUUUAUGGUUUGCGGUGCCAUUCUUGGUUUGAUUGGUAGCGUAAUUGCAGGAAAAGCAGAGAAGAUACUUCAAAUCAUAGGAGGCAACAUCUUGUGUGGAGCUGCUAAUGCUGGAUGUGAGAUUAUUCCAAACAGACUUCGUCCCUGGGCUAUGGGAGCCUCACAAGCCAUGGCUAGCGCCUUCGUUGUUCUUGGCACUUUUCUUGCUGCCGCUUUUGUCAAGGUGAAUGCCGGAGGAGCUGGUGGAUGGAGAUGGGCGUAUUAUUUCAACGGCAUCAUCUAUGGAAUAACAGCUGCUAUGAUCGCCUUCUCAUACUUUCCACCUCUUCCUAGACUUGGCCGACACAAGAUGCUCAGUUCUAUCACAAAAGAAAUUGAUUAUAUUGGAAUUCUCCUCAUGUCAGGGUCGUUCGCUUCCCUCAUCAUCGGCCUUACCUGGGGUGGAACUACUCAUCCAUGGAACUCGGGACAAUGCAUCGGAACGCUUACUGCUGGGUGUAUUGGCCUCUUGAUUUUCGGACUUUAUGAGGCUUUCGUCGUCACCGAAGGAAUCUUUGAUCAUCGACUUUUCGAAACCAUCAACUUUCCCAUUUUGCUUUUCGUUUGCACAAUAGAUGGUAUGCUUCUUCUCGGCGUUAAUGUCUUGUACUCACAGGAGAUCUACGAUCUUUUUACUGCCGAUGCUGUUCGUAUUGCUGUCAUUCUCUCUCCAUUUUUGGUUACAUCAGCAUUUGGGUGUAUUCCAGCUGGAUGGGUAAUGGCUUCAACGAAAGCAUACCGUUGGAUGCUGGUCGGAUCCUUGUUUUGGUGUGCUUUAUUUACAGGUCUUAUGGCCAUGGUAACUUCAACCAGACUCCCUAUGGCAUUUGCUUUCACCACUCUCUUCGGCCUCGGAACUGCUGUGACUACCACCAUUCCAACUGUGGCUUUGGGGUUGUCAGUUCCAGCAUUCUUAAUCGGAACAGCGGCCACUGUCAGUAGCAGUUGUCGUGCAUUGGGAGGCGUUAUCGGCAUCACCAUGUUCACUGCUAUAUACAAUAACAAAUAUGCAGAGCUGGUAGGACCAGAAAUUGCUGCCAAUACCAAUGCACCUGUUCUUAUUGAUGAGAGUGUGGAGGCGUGGAAAUAUGUUUGGAUCGCGGUGGCUUCUCUUCUUGCAGCAAGCGGUGUAGCUGCAUGCUUCUUGAAGAGCGUUGCACCGAUGAUGAACCACCACGUAGAAUCUGCGCUGGAACCAUCGAAACUUCGUGAAGCUCAACUUUCUUAA